ACAUGUUGUCCAUUACAUUUUUGUAGUCUACACCAUUCAUGAUUAUAGUCAAAAAAACGAGGAGCCAAUUACUUUCUUCAAACUAAGAUAUUUCUUGGCCCCCUUUCCUCUCCCACAUCAUCAUUCCUAUCUGGCUCACACUCCUAAAAAAACAUUCUUUAUCUGCUGCAUCACAAAAUUUACAACUUUAAUCCACACAUAAUCUUUGCCCUGUAAAUCAAGAACUGCAACAUUUUUUUUUUUUUUUUAAUCUUCCAAUAGUGAAAUCUUGAUUUGUAGGAAAAGGGAGGUUUUUGAGGAUCAGAUCUAGAAUAUUUUUGUUGUGUUGGAAGUCAUGUCGUUUACAGGAACUCAACAGAAAUGCAAGGCAUGUGAAAAGACUGUUUACCCAGUUGAGCUUUUGUCAGCUGAUGGGAUUAGUUAUCACAAAUCUUGCUUCAGAUGCAACCAUUGCAAAGGAACUCUCAAGCUGAGCAAUUACUCUUCAAUGGAAGGUGUUUUGUAUUGCAAGCCUCAUUUUGAGCAGCUCUACAAGGAGUCCGGCAACUUCAACAAGAACUUUCAAUCCCCUGCGAAGUCAGCUGUGCAGUCAGCUGAGAAGUUGACUCCAGAGCUGACAAGAUCUCCGAGCAAAGCUGCUAGCAUGUUUUCUGGGACACAGGACAAAUGUGCCACCUGUGGUAAAACGGCUUAUCCACUUGAGAAGGUGACAGUGGAGAGCCAAAGUUAUCACAAGUCGUGUUUCAAGUGUUCUCAUGGUGGAUGCUCUUUAAAUCCAUCGAAUUAUGCAGCCCUAGAUGGGAUUUUAUACUGCAAACCUCAUUUUAAACAACUUUUCAAGGAGAAGGGCAGCUACAAUCAUUUAAUCAAGUCUGCUUCGAUGAAGCGUCCAGCAGCAACUGUUCCAGAUUCUUAAACUAUAUCUGAUGUCAACUAUUUUAUUCACGGGGGCUUGGUCUUUUUUUUUUUUUUUUGGUUGUUUCAAUCCUCUUUCUUUAUAUCUCCAGUUGGUGCAUCAUUUUGGUUAACUGUGUGAUCUGAUUUCCAUGAUUGUGAAAACUAUUAUCCUAUUGUUGUUCCAUUAACUUUUGGAUGUUAAACGUUCCUGCUAUUUUCUCAUGACCUUUAGCAGGGGUACAUUGUGCAGUUCCUUCGAGUGUUGGUACAUGUUAGUCCUCUUUAUC